AUGAUGGAGAAAGAAAUUGAGGAUAAAUUAAAAGGACGGAAUUUCCUAUAUAGGAAUAUAAAAUUAGGGGAAGAUAAGAGUGAAAUAAAGAAAAUAGACAAAAUAAAAAUGGCUUUACUAAAUAUGAGUGAUGAAGAAGAGGAGUACUUUUUAAUUGAUAUAUAUCCAUUAAUGAAAAAAUAUAUAGUCAAUUCUAUGCCAUUAGAUUAUUAUAAUAACACACAUGUAUUUCGUAAAAAUAUAUUAACAAUUUUUUAUUCAUUAAUAUAUAAAUUAAAUAAAAUAAAAUAUAUCAUUGAAAUUUUUGAUAUGUGCUUAAAUUCAUUUAUAAAUGAGAGCGAAGAGUGUGGUAUUAUUUGUAUAAAAAUCAUGACAGAAAUAUGCAUAUUGCAUAAAAAUGAUUUAAUAUCAUUUGAUAUUUAUAAAUAUAUAAAUGUUGUAUCUAAGAAUAUUUUAAAAAAAUUUUAUAAUAACAUAAUUAAUAAAGUAAAAAGGGGCAAACUUUUAAAAUCGGAAAUUAAUAUAUACAAAAAAAUCAAAUAUCUUCCCCUAAAUAAUAAAAACUGCAUACAAAGUAGUAAAGACUCAUUAAAAUUUGUUAGAGAAUUAGUUUUGUCAAAUUAUAUUAUAAUAAAUUUAUAUCCGAAGUUAUUAAAUAAUAACGAAAAUUACAUAAAAACAUUAUGUAAAAUACUUUCAGUUAUUAACAUUUUUGAUUUUAAAUGCUAUAAUAAUUUUUUUAUAGAAGACAUUAAAUAUUCAAAAAAAACGAUUUUAAAAACUGCUUAUUAUUAUCAUUUUUCAAAUUCCGAUCCAUCAUUAUAUGGAAAAUCGGACAUUGAAAAAGACAAUCAUAAUGAAAAAUUAAAAUUUUGUCAAAAUAAUAACAUAGAAGAACUUUAUAAGAUUUAUUCUAUAAAAAGUAAUAUAUUUAAUGCAAAUUUCAAUAAUAAACAUAACCUAAAUUAUAGAGACAUUUCAUCAAAUCGUAUCAGUAGUAAUGAAAAUAAUAAUGUGGGAAUACCACAUAAUGAAGAAAGUAAUAAUAAAGAUAUAUUAAUGAAUAAUUUAAAAACUAUAAAAAAGGAAUUUUAUAAAAAUGUGAAAUACAGCAAUUAUUAUAUUGAUAUGUGUAAGGUUAAUGAUUUAGUGAAUUUAAAAAAUAGUGUUAUUCAUAUUUUAUGCAAUUUAUUAAAAUUAGAUUGUAAUAAUAUGUAUUUUGAAUAUAAAGUAUUUUUGGUUCAAAAAAUUAUACAAUCUUUAAAAUAUGAUACACAUUAUACUGUUGAAAGCAAGAAAGUUUUUAUUGAAAAUAUUACAUUGAUUUUACAUAAAAAUUUUGAUGAAACAUUGAAAUAUUACAUAGAUUUUUUGAUUGAUCCCAAAACAUACAUGACAUACUUAACAAAUAAUGAUAGACAUGUAUCAGUAUUUGUAUUUAUGAAGAUUCAUGAUAUAUUUUUAUAUUUUAAAAAUAAAAAUGUUUGGAAUUAUAGUAUAAUAAAAAGUUGUAUAUCUAAUUAUUCCGUUUUUAUAAUGAAUAGUAAUAAUAUUAUUUUCAUUCAGACUAUUUGCUUAAAAUUGUUACAUUACAUAAUUGAAAUAGUGCUUAAAAUUAAGAAACGGAAUUAUAGAUAUUUUUCUCUUUAUCAUGACAUAUUAAAUAUAUUGUUACAUAAAAGUAAUUCACUAAAAUAUGAAUUAUAUAAUUUAUACAAGAAAUUUUUUAAUGUUGCUUAUAAUGAUGUUUUAUUUUUUAAAAAUAAAAAGAAAAAGGGAAAAGCAGGAAAAAAAAUUUCGAAUGUACAAACACUGCGUUAUGAAAAUGCAAUUGGACAUGAUUCAGAUAAUGUGAACGUGCCUCUACAAAGAAUUUUUAUAAGAAAGGUGAAUAGUAAAAAGGUAAUUAAUAGUAAUAAUACAAAUAUUACAGAUUUUAUGAAUAAUUAUUGUAAUCGGCAAAAUGAGAAAAAAAGAAAAAUAAGGCAUUUAUUAUAUGAUGAAGAUUAUUGUAAAAUUGAGGGAUAUGAAGAGAGUAUUAUGGAAAUAAUAAUAGAUUAUAAAUAUUUAUUAUACUCAAUUUAUUCAUGUAUAAGAAGUAAUAUUUAUUAUAUAUAUUUAUAUUUUAAUAAAGAUAUAAUAAAGGUGAAUCAAAUAAUAGCAAAUAAUUAUUGUGACAAAUUUUCAUCAUUGUGUAAUAAUACUACUUUAAGUAAAAACAAAAUAUUUGAAUCACCAAAUAACAAGUUUGAAGAUUCCUUAACAAAAAAUAAUGCAAAUGUAAAAAUAGGCAUAGAUUGUAACAAUUUCAAUAAUGAUAAUAAAGACAGUCAUAAUGCCAAUUUAAAAAAUAAUUUAAUUAGUGGCAAUAGAAGUGAUGAAAUUAAGAAUGUGCAUAAUAAUAUAAACAAUUGUUAUCAUUGCGUAAACUUAAAUCAUUUUGCUAAUAGUGACAAUUUUGUUUUAAAUAAUUAUAAAGAUGUUGGUAAAGACGAUGAAAUGGUUCGUAAUUUGUGUUUAACGAAUCAAGAAUGUUAUAAUUCACAAAACAAUUAUUUAAGCAUUCAUGAAAUUGAAAAUUGUUUAUAUAGUUACAUAUAUGAUUAUAAUAGUAAAAAUAAUAAAAAGUUGGACAGUUUAAUAUAUAAUGGAAAAAACAACAAAAUGGAUAAUUCAGAGUGUUUAUAUGAUUCCCAAAUAAAUAAUACUGUGAACGAUGUGAUGAUCGAUAGUAUAUACAUUCGAAAAAAUAAUCAAAAGAUUAAUAGUGAUACGGGAGAUAAAGAAAAUAAUUGUGAUAAUUUCAAUAAUAAAAAUUUGAAUACAGAUUGUGAGAAAAAUGUUCAUCAAAAACAUUUAAAUAAUAAUAGUAUUUUUGAAGACAUGUAUGAUAUAAACGAUAUUAAUUUUUUGUACAAGGAUUAUAUACAUAUGUCCUCACAUGAAUUGAAUGACAUAUGGUUGAAAAUAUUGUAUAAAUUAUUUUAUCGUAUGCUGAUAUGCUCUAUUUUAUUUAAUUCGUGCUUUUCCUAUACAGUUAUAGACCAGUUAAAUAUACAAAAUGAAAUGGCUAAGAAAUAUCUUAGAAUAAAAAUUUUAAAAAAUAAUAUUUAUGAUAAUGAUGAUCAUAAUAAUGUUGGUUAUGAUGAGAAUUGUAAUCUCAAAAAUAUUGGAAUUAGUAUUAAUGAUUUGUUAAAGGAAGACAAGAAAAAAAUUGUCAAUUAUAUUAAUUAUAUAAAAAGCGAAGAAAGGAAAUUAAUUUAUAUGUCAGCAAAUAUUAUAAUAUGUUUAAAUAAUAAUAAUUUUCAUGAUUUUAUGAAUUAUUCUAUUGACAUAUUAUUUAAAUUGACGUUUCAAUAUCCUCAGAUAUUUAUCAUUUUUCAAAUUUUGGGGACAUUAAGAAAUACCAGUAUGUUAACUUGUAAAGUUUCUUUAAAUUACACAAUUUCAAAAUUAAAGAAAAACUUAAAGCAUAAGAAUAAUUUAAAACCGUUACUUUACUUUAGUAAAAAUGCUCGAAAUAAACAAUUUUGUAAUUUGUCGCGGCAUAAAUUAUUUUAUAAAUUAUAUUCACGCUUUGAUUGUCUAAUAAAUCGAUGCCAUUUAAUUAAUUCCAAUUUAAUUUGUAUUUAUUGUGGUAAGAAAAGCAGGCGUACUAAUAAAAAACAGAUUAAUGAUAAAUUUUGUGAAGGGUAUAAAAAAAUAAAAAUGUCUAAUAAAAGUUGUAAAUAUGGUAAAAAAGAAACAGAUACAAUUGAAAAAGAUUGUGCACAUUGUACGAGCGAUGAAUUUGGUAAUGAAAAAAAUAAUGUAUUUAUUAAUACUAACAUUAUUAAUCGAUAUCCUACGUGUUAUAAUAAUAUUAAUAAACUAAACGUUAAAAAAAAACGAAGAGCUGAAAUAUAUAACUCAGGUAUUGACAUGUCUAUUGAUUGUUUUGAUUUACAAUUUUUAGACGAUUCUAAAAAUGAAGCAAAUAUUAUGAAUAAUUAUUUAUGGAAUAAUUUGAAUUCAUUUAAAGAGUUAAUAUAUCAUGAUGGAAAUAUGUUUUUAUAUAAAGAGAAUAAUAGUAUCAAUAAAUUAAAAUUAAUUAAUUCAUGCAACAUAAAAAAGAAAAACAGAAAAAAAGGAUACUUUUUUCAUAAUAUAAAUAAAUGUGAUCUAAUUUACUCGGAAAAGUUUAUAUUAAAGGAUAUUAAUAAGCAUUUUCAAUUACAAAAAGAAAAAAGAGAAUUGAAUACAAAAAAAAAAUUAAUAGAAUUUGGUGAUUAUAGGAAAAGUGGUUUUUUAUCUGAUGGAAAUGAAAAUAUAAUAUAUUCAAGAAACAGAAAUGAACACCUAGGGUCGAAUAUAAAAAAGAAUUGUGUUUUAUUAAAUGAUUAUAAUUAUAAAAGUGAAAAGAAUGAUGAAUAUAAUAUAGAAAAUAAUUUUAUGAUUAGAACUAAAAGAAAGAACAAGUUUCGUGAUUAUAUAAAAUCAAACAAUUGCAUAAUGGGAUAUAAUUCAAUUUCUAUGAAUGAUACGUUUAAUAAAUAUUUAACUAACAAUGAAUUAAUUAUAAAGAUAUUAUACUUUAUUUUAAAUGUUAUUAAAUGUUAUCCGAAUUAUUAUUUUUAUUUUUUACACGAAUUAAGGGAAAUUUCUGAAAUAUGUUAUGAUAUAAUUUCUAAAGACAAUAAAUGUGUUGAAAUUAUUAAUUUAUUAAAAUAUAUUCUUGAAACUGUUUGUUAUAUAAAUUAUACUAAUUCUAUGAAAAACAAAAAUGAAUCUACAUCGUCAAUUGAUUCUUUGAAAACAAUUUUGUCUAAUAAUUAUAAUAUAAAUAAUAUGGAUGGUAUUAAAUGCACUAAAUGUGACCACACUUAUGAGAAAGACAAUAAAAAUUGUAAGAAUUUGGAAAGUAAUCUUUUUAUAAAUAAUAUUAUUAAAAGUGUAAAAGAAGAGAAAUGUAAUGAUAAUAACAUAAAAAUGUAUUCUUUAAAUAGUCAGAAUAAUCACAAAUUAAAUAUAUAUUCUAGUAAUAAAGAAAGUAUUACCAACCAUAUUAAUGAUAUAAACAAUGAUAAAAUUUUUAAUACGAAUUAUAACAUGUAUAUUUGCAAAAUGGAGAAUAAAGAUAACAUUCACUGCGAUGUAAAAAAUAAUGAACAUUCAAAUUAUAAAAUAAAAAAAAUUGAUAUAAUUUAUAGUUUUAUUCAAUGGUUUGAAAAAUCAUAUGCUUAUUUACCCAAGUUGUAUAGAAUGGUAUUAUGUGAAACAUGUUUGAAUUUACCAAUUUGCAGCUUUUUGAAUGGAUAUUUUGAUUUUUAUUUAAAAUGUUUAUUAGUUUGCUUAAAUUCUAAAAGUAUGAUAAUUAUCAAAACUGCAUUAAAAUCGAUAGAAGACAUUUUAUUUAAUGUUGAUAAUGUUAAAAUAAAAAAUAAUUUGUAUUCUUCUGUUUGUUAUAAAAAUGGAACAAAAUUUUACAUUUUUACAUGUCUAAUGAAAUUACUAAGAAAGAAGGUUAAUUUUGACUCUAGCUUUAAUAAUAUAUAUGAGCAAAAAUAUUAUUUUAAUGAUAUUUUUAGAAACUCAUACAAUAGUAAUAUAUAUUUAGAAGGGGAUUUUGUGUGUAGAAAAAAUAUGCCAUCAGAAAGAGAAAUAAAUAAAUAUUUACAUAAACUAUAUAUGGAAAAUAUAUAUAAAAUUAUAAAAAUAUAUUUUAAUUUUAUUAAUAAUAAUGAAUUAAUUAAAAAUUUAUAUUCAGAUAUGAAUAAAAAGGUGUAUAGAAAAGUUCAUUUUAGAGUCGGCUUUUUCCUAAAAUGGAAAAUAAAAAAUGAAAACUCCAAAAUAAAAAAUAUAAAAAAUAGAAUGGUGAUAUGUAAUGAUAAUAAACUUGAAGGACAUGCUCAAAAUUGUGUUAAUAAUGACGAAAAUAAUUUAUAUACCAAAAGAAAGGUUAAUACAUUCCUAGAGGGUAAUGCAGAAAAUAUGCCUAUUGAAUUAGACAAAAUGGAUAAAACAAAAAAAAUAAGCAAAACGAAUGAAGAAAUAAAAAUUUAUGAAAGAAACAAUAAACGAAAAAAGAUUAGCCAUAAUAAUGUCGAAAUUGGAGGAUUGGUGAAUAAAGAAGGUAAAAAUAGCAUAAGUGUGUUUGAAGUAAAUGGUGACAAUACAGAUAGCAAUGUUAAAUGCAUAGGUAAAUGUGAAAAAGGAAAUAAAGACAAAUUGUCAACGAAUAAUGUCAAAAGUAAUAUAAGUUAUGUAAAAAUAAGUGAUAACACUUGUAAAAAUAAUUCUAAUAUGAAUUUAUUUCCCUUAGAUAAUAUAUUUCUGAAUAAUAAUUAUGAUAACAUUAUGGAACACAUUGAUUUAGAAAAAACAAUUGAUUAUUGUUAUAAAGUAUUAAAGCGGAGCAUGAAAAACAAUGGUUUGAAAUAUUUAUAUUAUUAUAAAAAUUGUCAGUUUCAUAUUCCUAAGCAAAAAAUAGUUCUCAAAAAUGAAAAUGUAUUAAAAAAAAAUAUAAUAAAUAAUAAGAAAAAGAAUAAAGAAAAAUUCAUAAUCUUUAAUUUUAAUGAAUUUAGAAAUAGGUUCAAAAGAAAGUUUAAUUAUGAGAAUAUUAAUACAAUAGAAAAUAAUUGUAAGAAGAAAAAAAAAAGUGAUCGAAUGGGUAAUUUGCUUGUGUCUGGAGAAGAAAAUAAUCAUAAAAAUGUUGUCUGUUCAAAUAUUGGGCGACCAAAACAGCAUGAUAUCGAUCUUAAUUGCAAUAUGGAUAAAAUGGGAAUAAAAAGAGAUGAAACAAUAGAAAAAAAGGAUAUUUCAAUUAAAAAUAAUUUAUAUGCAUUAACAAAUAAUAAUGUAAUUGGUGAUAAAUUAAAAAAUGAAAAGAGCGGUUUGAAUUUUCCAAAGAAUACAAAGGCAAACUUUAUUCGUAAUAAUUAUAUGAAUUACUUCGAAAAAUCUGAUGUUUGUUAUAAUUGCAUUCAAAGAGAUCAGCGAAUUAAUUGUUAUAGAAUAAUCAUUACCGUUUUUAUUUUCCUUUUUAACCAUUCUAUAUGUAUAUCUGAUUUUUAUGAGUAUAUGCUUAAGGUGGGAGCAAUUAAUAAUGAUUUUAUGAAUUCGUCAAAGGAGAAAAAGGGUGAUAGUAAUUUAGAUACCAAGAAUAAUGAGAAAAGUGUACCCCUCAAUAAUGGUUAUAAUUCUAAAAAAGGUGUGAAUAAAAAUAAUCAAAAUAAUUGCGGAAAAAAUAAGAGUAAUAGUAGUAAUAAAAAGAAAAAAGUGAUUAACUCAAACAAUACUGAAGUGUGUAAAGAAGAGAAUACUAACAAUAAUACAGAAGACAAUCGAUUUAAAAAAAAUACACAUAUAUCUAGUUCAAAGAAAAGGAGAAGGUACUCUUUUGAAUAUUGUACAUGCAAGAAAUAUUUAUAUAAAUGCACAUUUAUAUAUAGGGAUCCUAACAACAAUUUCAUUAGGAAGAUAAUGUAUUGUUUUUUAGUAAUGUUAGUCGAAAUAAACAUGAAUAAAAACAAAACACAAGGAGAUAAAUUAAAAAAAUGUGAUUCUCAAAGUGCUCAUAGAAAUGAAGAUAUGUCAUAUAUGAAGGUAUGCAUAAGAAACAAAGAAGGAAAAAAAAAAAAAAUAUAUAUAAGGAAUUGUUAUGACGAAAUACGAAAUGAUAAAUUAAGAGAGUUAGUAAAACAUAUUAUUAGAAGAAUGUCUUUAAUAUUAUCAAGUAGAUUUGUUUUAACAAAAAAAAAUAAUAUGGUCUAUAUAAUGGCGCAUAAUAAUGAAUUAGAUAUAUCAUCAUUUAUUUUUACCUUUUGUAAUUUAAUUGAGUAUUGCCCUCGUUUUGUGGAAACAGCAGUACAAGGUCUUUAUUUUAUAGAAAAGGUUUUAAAAAGUUUGUUAAAUGUGCAACCUGUAAAAAUGAAGAAAUUCAUGAAAUCUAAUUUUUUUUCAAAUUUAUGUACAUGCAUAUGCAAUAUUUGUUAUAAUUCAAAAAUUAAAAAAAAAAUAUUUGGGUUAUUAUUAUUACUAAAAGCCAUAAGAAUUUUACACCCAUAUUGGAUUAAAUAUAAUAUAUAUAGUAUUAUACACACUUUACUAAUAUGUUAUGAAAAAUAUAAUUUAAAAUAUCUAAAAAUUAUACAUAUUUUAAUUGAGGAAUGCUUAACAAUGACAUUUGCGUCGUUAUAUAUUGGAUAUGCUGGUGAAAUAAAUGCAUAUAUAUUGAAUAGUUUUUCAUCCUCUGAAAAUAUAUAUGUAGAGGACAUAAAUAAUUUAUAUACAUAUAUAAAUAUGAAAGAAGAAAAUAGUUCAAAAAGAUUAAUAUAUUUUAAGGAUUAUACAAUUGAGAAGAUUAAAAAAGAUGCAGAAAUAGUUAAAAAAUUUUUUUCAAUGAAUGAAAAAGAAUUAUACAACAAAAAGUGUGUAACUAAUUGUAAGGGCAUAAAAGACAAACGCGUUUUAAAAAAAAAUGAAUGUUUUUGGUAUAAUUAUGAUGAAAUAUAUACAUGGGAAAUUUUAACAUCAAAAAUAAUGAAUAAAAGAAAUAAAAAAGAUGUUUCAAAAAUGAUGAAGAUAUUAUUUAAUGUAUUAAAAAUGUUUAUGGAUAAUUUGAAUAAAGACGAAUAUGACAGAGACUUUAUUAAAAAGGGGUUUAUUAUUGUGUCUAAAGUAUUAAAAACAAGCAUCCGAAAUUUAUUAACAUAUAAAUUUUCGAUUAAAAAUAAUAAAGAUGUAUGUUUAUAUGAGAUAUUUAUGAAGGAUUUUUCUAUUUUAAAUUUUCUAACUUCGUCUUUAAAACGAAAAAUUUGUUAUCUCGAUUUGUAUUGCUUUUUAUUAUCCCAAAAACCGUAUAUAAAAUUUGAUUUCAUUAUAAUAGAAAAAUUAAUAGAAAAUAUUAUAAAAAUUAUAGAUUAUUUAAAAAAAAUAGAUGGGAAAAAUAAGUAUUUUACGUAUAUUAUUAAUGGAAAUGUAAUGAAUAUUUCUUCAAAUGAUGAUAUAGAUGUAGACAUGCUCAAUAUUGUGCAUAUGGAGCAAAUAAAUGGUGGUAAUUUAAAAAAUAAUAAUAGUAUUAUUUUUGAUCAUGGUGAUAUAAAUAGUUCCAAUGUAAAAGAUAAAACAGUAAAGCAGUUGAAUGAAAAUAAUAUCAAUCUUAAUGAAAAAGAAGAAAAUACCGAUAUGAAAAAAAUUAUAGAAUUACAAAAUUUGUAUAAAAAAAUUAAGGAGAACCGUGACAUUUAUAUGAAUAAUAGUAAUAUUAUUAACAGUAGUUUUGGCCCAUUUAUAGAAUAUGAUGAUGCUAUGAAAAAAUGUCAUAAUGUGGUAUCUAAUGAAACAAUAGAUACUAAAAAUGAUAAAAUGUUGAAAAGUUUGGACGAAUAUAUUAAUAAUGCGAAAGAAAAUAUACUCAAUACGAGUUCGAUUUUAGAUAGUGGUAAUAUAGAAAUAAAGAAUGAGAGAUUUAAUUCGGUUGCGUCCUUGUGUUAUAACAAUAAUGCGCGUAUUAUUAAAGGAUAUAAUAAUUUUAGCAAUAAUCAUUUGAAAGGCACACAUAUAAAUCUAGAUAAUGAGGCAAACAAACAUUUAUUAAAUAAUAUGAAUAAUAAUAAGGAUGGUUCUUAUGAAAAAAAUGAAGGUCCAAAACAAAAUCUCAAUCAAGAAAUUGAAACAAACAGUACAAAAGUAAAUGCUCAAGAUAACAAAAUUAAGAUGGGGGUAGAAAAUGAAAUGAAUCUAAAAAAUUUGACUAUUGAAAUAAAUGAAAAUCUUACAAAUAAUAAGAAUAUAGAAUAUAAUAAUAAUUUAAAUUUUUAUUUUAAGAAAGACGAAGAGUUUGGUUUAGAUGGUAAAGAAUCAUGCAUGGAAAUAUCAAAUAAUAUCAACAUGGAUAAAAUGGAAGAAAACAUGAUGAGCAAUUUUUUGAAUGAUAAAUUUCAAACAAUCGAUUUUUUAAAAGAUCAAUUUUUAAAAGAAGAGCGGAAUAAUGUUAUAACAUUUUUUUCUUAUUUUAUGACACUUGUAAGAAUUUGUUUUACUCAUCCAUCAUAUAAGUAUUUACUCCCUAUUAUGAAUCCAAGAUUAAAUAAGAAAAAGGAAAUAUUAUAUAAUCGUUGUAUUCAUAUAUUAUUAGAUUUUUUAUUUAGUGACCAAACAGAUUUGUGUAAUAAAGCAGAGGAAACUAUACGUUAUUUAAUAUUGGAAAAUGAGUGUGAUAAAGAUACAGGGAAAAAUGGACAUACCAAAAAACGAAGAUCUGAAAAUAUUAAGCGAGAUGCAAUUGAAAAUAAUUUAUUUAAUAAUUUUCAAAAGAGUGAUUCAUUGAAAUUCGCAUUGAGAAAUUAUGAGAAUAAAAAAUGUUCAAUAAAUAAUUUAUUAAUAAAUAAAAAUGGUAAUAAAGCUAAUGAAAGACAUAAUAAAUUAACGAAUAUGAAUAAAAAUUCAAUAAAUGGAUUAAAAUUAAAUAAGGAUGAUUUUAAAUUAUAUUUGAAAUCAAUUUUAGGGAAUUUGUCUUAUGCUUUGAAACAUAAAUCCUUUAUUUUGAAGAAAAAUUUUAUCAUAGGUCUUAGUAGAAUAUAUUACUUAUUUCCACAUUUAUUUUCCCCUUUUUUAAUGGAUGGGUUUGUUAAAUAUCUUAUUUUAUUUAAAGAUGUUAGUGCAAAUAAUAAAGCAGCAUAUAAUAAUAUAGAUCAUGUUAUAUGUAUUUAUUCAGAAUUUCUUAAGGCACAAAAUUUGUCUUAUGAAAAAUACAAGGAGAUAAUGGAUAUAUUUUUAAAAACAUAUAAUAACUUUAAAAAAGGAAGCAUAAAUUUUAUAAAUAACAUAAUUGAAUUGGACGAACAUAUGUUAGGUUAUACAAAAAAUAAAAGGCUAUCUUGUAAAAAUAAUAUUUCACAGGCUAUAAAUAAUUUAAACACCAAAGAAAAUUCACAGGGUAAUGAAAUUAAUAAUACAGCGUUAGAUAAUAUUUCUAAUAAUAUAAAAGGAAAAGGAACUAAUAAUACAAAUAGUAGUAAGAAGAAAAAAACGAAUAGCAAUAAAAAAGAUGUGGAUAAUGAAGGAAAAGGGAGAACCGAAAAUAACGGGAAUAACAAUAGCAGUAAAUAUAAUGAAAAUGAUUUCAUGAAGCAUAAUUCUACUGAUCAAAAUAUUUCUAAAAAUAAUGAUGACAUUGAAUUAAAGAGGGCACCAUUAUCGAACCAAUUAAAUACAAUUGAUGGAAUUGAUACAAAUAAUAUUAAAAACUUUAUUGGAAUAAACUAUUCUUAUAUGCAAAUUUUAUGUUAUUUAUGUUGUAAUAAUUAUGAAAAUACAUUUAAAUAUUUUAUGGCAAAUAGACACAAUAAUAUAAUAUUUUCAUCCUUUAUAUCAUUAUUAAAUUUAAAGAUGCUAUCAGAAUUUCGGAAAUAUAUAUUUUUAAAAUUUAAUGUAUUUGGAAAUAUUCUUUUAAAAUAUUUUUCAAGUUUCAAUUCAAAUGAUAUAUUGGUUCAUAUAUUUAAUAUAUUUGUCUUAAAUAUAAAUAUUUCAAAAUUGAAUAAAUUAGUUACAUAUGACUAUGCGAAAAUGAAAUUAUUUGUCGAUAAGACGUUUCACGUAAAUUUAGAAAAAAAACAUGCAAAUGAAAAAAGGAAAAAUGAUUGCAGCUUUUUAGAAGGUGCCGAGAAUAAUUUUGCCAAUAGUAAUAAUAAUGAAGAAUGCAAAAAAAACAAUAAAAAAAGUUUAAAUGAGAAAAUGGAGAACAAUAAGGGAGAGGACCCAAAUAACAGUGUGCAAGAAGAAAUGUUUAUUGGAUACGAUUUGAAUAACAGCAAAGUAUUGAGCAAUUUAUUUAUUAUUAUAAAUAUUGUUCAUGUUAUAUCAAAAUAUGAACCUUCGUGCAUAUUUUUGAAUUUUUAUAAUCAAAGAAUUUGUAAUAAUUCGAUUAGCAUUGUUGAAAAUUUAUACUUGUGUAUUAGUUAUAUUAUUAGUGAAUACAUUUCAUUGAAGAACAACAAUUUUGUCUUAUUUUUAAACAAUUCUGAAUGUAGAAAAUGCAUUAAGAUAUUUAUAAUUUUUUUAAAAUUUUCAAAAUAUUUUCAUAAAUAUAUAGAAACAGAUUUUUGCAACCGAAAAAUAAAUAAUGAAGAAAUGGAGAAUUGGUUUAAAGAAUUAGAACAGCGAAGUAAAUUGCAUAAAGGUAUUAACAGCAGUAAAAGCACCAAUUGCAAUAAUAAUAUAAUAGAUAUAAUUGAACAUAAUGAUUAUCUUUUUUAUUUGAGAACUAAGAUAUUUAUUGUACUAAUUUUUAUAGUAUCGAUGAGCAAAAAUGUAGAUUAUAGUUAUACAACUGAAUUUAUUAAAAAAUAUGUAAAGAGGAAUUUAAAAUAUCGAGAAAAGAGAUAUUUAUUUUUUUCUAUUAUUCAUAUUUUAAAUCGUUUUAAAAUGACAAUUUUAAAUAAAUUUUAUGAAAUUUCAUUAAGAUACAUAAUUAUUCCAUUAUUAAAAAAAUAUAUUAAAAGGCAAGAAAAUAAAAAAUACAUAACUUAUACAGAAAAUUGUUUGGAUUGGGAAAAUGAUACAUUUUUAAUUGAUGAUAAAAUUUUUAUUAAUUUAUUGUCUAAAUCAUUUUUGAGAUCAGAUAUUAAUUAUACUCAAGAUAUUAAUCGAAAAUCAAGUUUGAGUAACAAUAAGAAUUCUACCUUGGCAUUUAAGAGCGUGAUUAAAAAUAAUGACGAAUAUAAUAAAAAUAAUUUUAAUUUUCCAUCGCAAUGCUCAAUUUGUAAGAGAGUUACAGUAAGUAAUAAUAUUAGCUGCAAUGAUAUGCUUAUUAAUUGCGAAAAUGGGGGAAGCAAAAUGUUCAUUAAUGUUACUGAAGAUGCUCAUGAAAAUACAAACAGAAAUUGUCGACGAACUGAAGGAGAAAAAAGUGAAGCGAUUAAUAACACUUAUGGAUAUUUACCACUUAAUGAUGAUAUGAAUAAUAUGGGAAACACAAUAAGAAUGAACAAUAUGAAGAAUUUGAAUGUUUUGAAAAAUAAAAGAGAUGGAAAAUAUAUACAUCAUUUAGAUGAUUAUGAAAGUAAUGGUAAGGGUCCUAAGAAUUAUUGUCUAUUUUAUACUUCAAUUCAUAGAGGAAACUAUAAUAUGACGCAAUACCCUUUUUAUAAGAAUGAUUUAUUUCUUAAUACGCAAGAAUUAUUUUACAUUUUAAUAUCGUUUCUAAAUUGUUCUAAUAGCAUUGAAGUAAUAGCUAAUAAAUUAAUUGCGUGUAAUGUAAUUAUAGAUAUUGUAAGAAGAUUAAGCUCAAAAAUGGGAAAAAAAAAAUUAUUUAUUUGUCUUAAAAAUUAUAAUAUGAUGUUUUUACAACACCAUAAUGAAUAUAUAAAACAAUUAAGUAUAUACAACAUAAUUAGUAUUUACAGGUAUGGAUUUAGAAAUAGGGUAAAUGAUUUGAAAUAUAUUUUUGAGUUAUUAUUUAAAUAUAAAUGUGAAGAAGAUAAUUAUUUUUUAAGGAGAAAUUUCGAACAAUUGAUAAGUUUAUUUUGUUUGGUCCGUUUAGAAAAUAAUAAAGUUUCGAUGAAAAAUAUAAUUUGGCAUUAUUAUUCAAAGAAGCGUUGUUUUUAUAUGAAAACUUUUAAUCAGUAUAUUACUUCUAUCAUGGGUGACGAAAACAAUGAUAUUUCCUGGGGCUAUCAUAAUUUAAGAAAUAUUAAUUAUUUUUUCAAUUAUAAAAAUUAUAUUACGGAAUAUUUCAAGAAGGGUAAAAAUCCUUUCGAAAAAAUGCAUGUAUUAAUAACGGUUUUAAAGAACAAUUAUGUCUUUUUCAAUGAUUGCCCAUAUAUUAUAGCAUCUAUGUUAAAACAUCUUAAAAAAAUUGCAAAGCGUGCUAACUAUAAAAAGAAUGGUGAUUUGUUAAUAUUAUGUUUGAAGAGUAUAUCUACUUUUAUAAAAUUUAAUAUUUUUUGUAAUUGUGUUCAUGAUAUGUUUAGUUUGAAAAAUGGCCAAGUGGUUAUAAAAAAGUUUGAAAUUAUGUCAAAUUUGAAGAAAGUGGAUACGAAAAAAUACGAAAGUAGCUUAAAGGAGUGUACCUGCAAAUAUAUUGUGAAUUGUAAUGAUUUUGAGAAUUCAGAAGGGAUGGGUAUAAAUUUAUCUAACAAUGACAAUAGAAAUUGUUCUGUAUGUUAUAAGGGCGAAAAUUUAAAAAAGACGAAAAUAUUUGAUGAAAUAAAAAAUGUCAUAUAUAAUUAUUAUUAUCAAAAUAAAAAUGAUAGUAUGAGAAAUAUAUUUUUGAUUGGAAUUGUAAAUAUAAUUAAAAAAUACAAAUAUGUUUAUGUAAACUUAAAUAUAUUGAAUUUGAUAGCAAAUUUAAUAGUUUCUACUUUAUUACAAUGGCAGUACGAUGUAUCUCUAAAUAAUAUAGUGAAAGAAAUCCUCAUUAUUUUUGAAGAUAUAUUAAGAACGAAAAACAAUGCAAAGCUAAAAUAUUUAAAUAUGUAUAAAAAAUUGCUUUACUUUUUUUUUAUUAAAUGUGCUAAUAAGGAACUAUUAGCGCCAAGCACAUCACAAUGUUUCAAUAUGAAUAAUUUAACUAAUGAAAACCAGAAUUAUAAUAGUAGCAUACUAAAUGAUUUAGUUUUUAAUAUAAAUCUUUUUGAAUCAAAAUAUGAUAAGAAUGAAAUGAGAAAAAUCGAACUUGAAGCGAUUUUAAUGAAGGAGAUUGAAAUGGAUAAUAACUAUCAAACUGGUCAAUAUAAAAUUUCAGAUAAUAAUUUAUACACACAUGGGAAUAAUGAAAAUAAUAAUUUAAGAAAAGACAAUUUUAAUAAAUUAACAUAUAAAGACAAAUUGUUAUGUUCUAGUUUAAAUGAUAAGCAGAUUGAUAAUGGCAAUAAAAGAUGUAGUAAUAGUAGACAUGGUGACGAUGUUGAAUAUACUAUGUGCUCAAUUAAAAAUUUAGAAAUGGAAAGUAACCCCAAAAUUGGACCGUUAAACAAGGAAACAUUUAUAAAUAAAAAUAAAACUAUUAUAGAAAAUAAGGUGUGUGAUGACAUUAGUAAGAUAAAUAAGCUAAAUAAAUUUUACGAAAAGAUAAACAACGAAUAUAAUAAGAAAUAUAUAGUCGAAAUGACCUAUAUGAUACUAAAAGUGGCAUUUAAAUAUGCGAAUAAAAAUAAUAUUUGCAAAAAAUUGAAUAUUUUGUGUUCUAUUUUUUUUCUUUUAAUUAACUGUAAUGACACGAAGAUUGAAAAGAAUGUUAUUUUACUCAUUAAUCAUUUAAUAUUAAAACAUAAGUUAUUUAUACCAAAUUUGAGAAAUAUAUUAGAUAAGAAUUAUAUUAAGGAGAAAUGGAUAAAUAAAAGUUUUUUUUCAUAUUUAUUAUUUGAUAAUAACUUUGUAAAGGAAUACAAUUAUGAAGAAAACAUAAAACUUUUGUAUGAAAUGCUUAUUAGCUUAUGUAUUAAAGGAAUGAAUGAAUAUACAAGUAGAGAUAAUUCAUUUUACAUGAAUAAAUGUUUACACAUUAAAAUAAAAUUAGAAACCUCGAUAUUGAUAUUCUGGUUUUUUAUACAAUUAUAUAAUAGUUUUUCAUCAGAGAAUAAUUAUAAAGAAUUAAUUAAGUUUUUAUUAAUGGAAUAUUUGGGAAAUUUAAAAAAUAUUUCAAGUUACUGUUUUAGAAAAAAUAAAUUCCGAAUUUUAAAAGAACUAAUAUUUCUGAUGAACAAUAUGUUGUAUUUAUUAGACAAAAAAGAAAUUCUUUAUUUUUUUAAAACCAUACUUAAACUUUUACAUAUGGAAAGAAAGCGCAACUCUAAUUUUGAUUUAUUUAUAUUAAAAGUUAUUCAACAAAAUAUCAUAAACAAAUCUACACAUUGUAAUAGCGACAUUAUUGGAAAAUAUCAUGAUAAUACUUUCGGUUAUUCGUCAGAUUUUUAUUUGGACUAUUCCUAUUUCUCGAAAUUAUAUGAAGAAAAUUGUGAUGUAUACAAAAUAUGUAAUAAAAAAAGCGAAAUUAAAAAUAAAAUCGAAAAAUAUUUUAGCAAUAAGAAAGGAUGUGAAAUCAAUGUUAAUAAAUAUAUAAAGUAUAUAAAUAAUUUAAGGAAUAAGAAUGCUAAUUUUGUUGGUUAUUAUUAUAAUUUAGGAAAAUGGAAUGACCGAUCUCUUUCAAAGAAUAGAAUAAUAUAUGAUAAAAUUUUUAAAUUGAAUUUUCGAAAAAAUUUAAUCAAGAAAAAAUUGAAUAAUAUGAAUAUUAGUGAUGGCAUAUAUAAUAUGUUAUUAAAAAAAAAUGGAAAUAUUAAUAGUUCUACAUGCUAUAACGGUAACGAUAAUAAUAGUUUGAAUAAUGCUUACUCUUUCGGAAAUAAAUUACAAAUAUUCAUUGAUAAUAAAAUGCAAAAAAUUGUAAAAAAUGAUAUAAAAAAGAGAAAUGUUUUUGCUAAAUUGUAUAUUGGAAAUGUAGUAGAAGACGCUUUAUUUAAUGAUAUACUUUUGUGCAGAAAAAAGAAAAAGCUUAAGGAAAUAUUUUGUAUGAGCAAUAAAAAUGAUUAUAAUAGUAGUGUGGGAAAAAAUGCAAAUUUAUCAAUUGAAGAAAUGGCACAUAUAAUUAGCAAAUUAAUUUUGUUCGAUUAUUCUGAAGAUUAUUAUAGUUAUGUGAAAUAUUAUGAUAUAUUACUAUAUUUUAUUAGGUGUGUAAAAAGUCAAUAUUCUGAAAAGUAUGAUUUAACAUAUUUAAAAAAUAAAAUUUUUGCUAAACUUUUACCUAAUAUUUUAAGGGGAACAUUUUCUUUUUUACCAAAUGUCCAACAUGUAUGCAUCCAAAUUUUUCAGAAAAUAUUUUUGUCUAACGAUUUUUUUCAAACAAUAUGCAUAUUGUUUAAGGAAGACUAUUUCAAGUAUAUUAUAGACAAAUAUUUUAUAUCUCUUUUUGUGCGUAUAUUCUUUUCGUUUUUUAAGCAUAACAUUGAUAUGUAUCUAUGUUUUAAAAAUAAAACUCAAGGAUUAAUUCCACAUUUGUGUAGAAAUAGAUAUUGGAAAAAAGGGAAAGCAGUACAUGGUACAAAUUUAACAUUCUAUAAUAGAGAAUUAAAUAAGGAGAAAGGAAACAAUAUAAAUAAAAACGAUAAAUCUAAAAUCGAAGAUUGUAAAAAAUUGAAAGAAAAAAAUUUUAAAAUAUACAAUUCAAAAUUUCAUGAUUGGAAAUACUAUUUAAAAAAAUAUUGCAAUGAGCAAAAAAAUUUUAUAGAUAAAUGUAAAUACAAAUUAAUUAAAUCUAAAUAUUUAUUUCAACCAAUUUUAUGUUUGGUAAAUAUUUUUAAGGAAUAUUGCAAAGAUAUAUGGAUAGAUAUAUUUUCUCAAUUGUUCAAUUAUUUAAACUAUGAACAGAUUAAUUGUUUAAAUUUUUGUGUUGUACGUUUUUUGUAUAACUAUAUUAAUAUAUAUGAGAUGAAUGAAAAUAAUUAUAACGUGAAAAGGUUUAUAUACGCAGAUGAAAAGACAUCGACAAGAAAUCCCAUUUAUCGGAAAAAUGAUUAUAAAAAUGAAUACAAUAUUAACGUUUUAGAAACGAUGUUAGUAUGCAUAUUUAAAGCUAAUAUUUGGCCAUGUGUUCCACCAGAACUUAUAUUUUAUUGCUCAAGCAAAUUUUGUACAUUCGAAGUUUCGAAAUAUAUGUUACAAGCUUUACUAUUUUAUAAUUUGAAAAAAAUAAAAGAGGCUCAAUGCAGAAAUGAAACCAGUGAUGCGGUUACUAUAAUAGAUCAAGUAAAUACAUAUAUGUCUAUUAAUAAAAAUAAUAAUGCAUUAUGUAAUAAUGAUAUGAAUAAAUUAUUAGGGAAACAAGAGAAUGUAAUAAAUAUGUUAAAAACAAAAAAAGUUAAUUCAUUUGAAAAAGUAUAUAAUAAUAAUAUAUGCUCAUUACAGCUUGUUCAAAAUAAUUACAAACAAACUCUUAAUUAUUUAAUCGAAAUAAACAGACAAUUAAAUGACCGAGAUAGUGUUUAUGCAUUAUAUCAAUUAUAUAUUAAUAAUAAUGAAUUUUCAAAAUCUCUAUUUUACAAUCAUUAUAAUCUUUAUCAUAAAAAUGAAUCUAAUUAUAUAAAGAAUUUUAUGAAAUACGAAAAUUUAGAAUUAACAAAUGAAGAACUAAAUAUAAAUAAACAAAAUUGGAUCGAAAAACUAAAUUAUUUUAACAAUGUAUCUACUAUUUCUGAGUAUAUGGAAUUAAUGAAUUUCAAAAAAGAGAAAAUGUCUAAUGACAUGAACAAAUAUAUUAAAUUUGGUAAUUCAUUAUAUUGUUUAGAAAUGGAAAAGGGUAAUGAUACAAUGCUUUUAAAUACAAAUUACGAAAGUUUAAGAAGUGAAUAUUUAAAGCGAUUAAAUAAUGUAUACUCAAUAAUAAACGAUAAUUUGAUAAGUAUAAAUGAGGAUAAAAAUUACGAAAUGGUAGUUAAUGAUAUUAAUUUUCCAAAUGAAAAUAUGAAAAAUAAACAAAUUAUUGAUGAAAUUGAAUUAAAAAAUAAAAUAAAAUAUAGACAAAAUUUUGAAAAUGUUCAAACUAAUACUUUGAAAGAAAAAAUCGGAAAUUCGAAUAUGAUAAAAAAUAAUAAUGGCAAUAAAAGAAGACAUCGAAAAAACAGUUUAAGUAUGGGAAUACCAAAUAAAAAGGAGGAUACAAAAAUUCAAACAACUAUUCAUGAAUAUUUUAGAACUACAAAGGAUAUUGAAGAAGUAGUAAUUGAUAAAAACAAUUUAACAGAAAAACAGGUGGACAAUUUUAAUGGAAAUAUGGGCAUUCAUAAGAAUUGUAGUUAUUCAGUAAAAGAUGAUAAAAAUGGUAUCUGUAACCAUGCUGAGGGCGAAAAAAUAUAUAAAGAUAUUAAUGUUGAUAAUAAUAGAAGCAUAAACAAUUUAAAAUUACCUAAUGAGUUAAAUUGUAUGGAUAAAAAUGAUAAUAUAGAAGACAUUUCAAAUAUGUAUCUAAAUAAAAUAGCUUAUACGUUGAAAAAGAAAAGAGAAAUAAUUAUAGAAAAUACAUAUACUAAUAAUAAGAAUUAUUGGGAUGAGGGUUGUUUAAAAAAUAGGAAUGGACAUUGUGAGAAUAAGUUGGACAUGAAAAAUGCUUUAAUAAAUAAUAAAAAUGAUGAAAAUAAUAAUAAGGACUUUAUUAUUAAGAAAUUUAAAUUUGAUUUAAAAAAAAAUGAUAUAAAAAUGGUGAAGGAUAAUAUAAAUAGCGGCAUUGAAUUAUUACUAAAUAAUGUGAGACAAUUAUUUAAUUAUAAAAAUGCUGAUUUGAAUACUUUAUUAUUACAUGCACAAUUAUUUGAGCAAACAGAAAUGAGCAUAAAAAUUAUUGGAGAAAAAUCUUUAAGAACUAAACAAAAUAAAAUAAAAGAAAAUGAAUGUAACAGGUUAAGAUUUUUAGCUCAACUUUACAGUUUGUGUAAUACUUGGAAUAAAGAUAAAUGUGUGUAUUACUAUGAUGAUAUACAAAAAAUAAAAUACAUUUACAAAUGGGAAUUUCUCUUUUUAAAAUUAUGUAAGACAUUUAUAGAAGAACACAAAUCCUCAUUAUAUAUUCCUAGUAAUAUAUAUAAAGAGCAAUUAUGUGGUGAAAACAAAAUUAACCCUCAUAAUGUUUUAAACUCAAUUGCAGAAAUGAGGAAAAUGAAUAAUAUGACAUAUGAUUAUUUUUAUAAAUUAUAUGAAAAAUUUGCACCAAAUUCUACUUCCACAGCUACAGUCUUAACUUCUAAUACCAAUUUUGCUAUUUGUACUAGUAAUAGUAAAUCUAAUAAUGAUAAUAUUUUCCAUAGAACUAGCAAUCAUUUGUAUAAUAUAGAAAUAAUAAAAUUGAAUUUAAAAAAAUUGCUUAAGAGUAGCAGCUCGAAUAAACAUACACCAAAUAAUAAUAUUUUAGAAAAUUGCAUUCCAAUACGUGAAGAUUUUCAAUUAAAUAAUAACCAAAAAACGUGUUGCAAUCGAAAUGAUAAGAAGGAAAUUAUUUAUCAUGGCAAAAAUCUAUUAUAUAUAAAAAAUAUGGAAAAUGAACACUUUAAUAUAUGUAUUAAUCUAAAAAAAAUCGGACGAAAUAAUUUUGUUCUUAAAGUUGUAAAGAAAAUAAAAUGUUAUAUAAGUUCAUUAAAUUUGAUAAACGCAUUUGAUUUCAAUUCAUUGCCAAUGAUUGGAUAUGAAAAUUACAAAAGCCAGUUAUUUUUUAUGAAAGGACAAAUUUUGUGCAAUUUAAAUAAGCUUAUCAUAUUUUUGCAUAAAAAUAAUUUCAUAGAAAAUAAUCGAAAGAUAAGCGUUAACAACUGUAAAGACGUAUCACAAAGUAUAUUAAAAGAUGGAGAAACUGAGGGAAUUGUUUCGCCUGAUAUAUUAGAAGAACAUAUUUGUCAGACUAAUGUGAAUAAUAAUUUAAAUAUCGAAAUAAAUCGAAAUGUGUCUGUUUUAAUAAAUGAUAUAAAUGAAAGGACAUCAACUGGGAAUCCAAAGAAAAGGAAAACAACGAAAAACGACACAAAGAAUUCAUGCAUUAAAAAGAAUGAAAAUGGUGAAAAAGAGGAUGUAGAAAUAAGCAAAAUAGAAGCAUGUAACAAAAAUAUAGAUUUUGAUGAUAAAAAAAAAAGUAAAAAUGCAACAAAAAAUAAAGAAGCAAAUAAUAGCAACAAUCAUAUUAUUAUGGAUAAUACCAUGAUAUUUGAUGAAAAUAAAUAUAAUAAUACUUGCUAUUCUAAAUGUAAUAAUAAAAAAAUUAAUAUAUUUGAUAUAGAUUUAAUUGAAGAUUGUUUUCUUACGUCUUUAAAAGUUAAUUCAAUAAGUAAUGAGUCGUGGAUUGUCUGGGCAGAUUAUUGUAAUAAAAUGUUUAAGGAAUAUAAAAAUAUAUCAUUUGGAAUUAGCUCAGUAAUAUCGUAUUUAAUAUAUUCUAGUUUAAAUAGAAAUAAAGGUUUUUAUUACUUAAGUAAUGUAUUUUAUUUGUUAAAUUAUGAUGAUAAUGAAAAUUCAAUGAUGAAAAUUUUUAAUAAAUAUAACAAUAACAUUUCUUCACAUAUAUGGUUAUUUUAUCUCCCCUUUUUACUAAACAGUGUAAAUAUUGAUAGUAGUAACUAUUUAUAUUUUCACAAAAUAUUUUGUCUCUUGAUUCGCGAAUUUCCUCAAGAUAUAUUUUAUAGCCUCAGAGCGUCUUAUAUCGAUAGAAAAAAAUCAUCAGAUUAUAUUAAGACUGGGGAUGCUGAUAAUGGUGUUUCUACGAAUCUAUGGAAUCAGAAUGAAAAAUCAAAUGAACAAAAAAGUGUGAAUAAUCUUCAAAGGACUGAUAUUAGUGAUACCAAUUUAGUAAGUAAAAAUAAUAAAGUAAAAUCUGAAAAUAUGGAUAUAAUUAAUAAUAAAGGAAACUUAGACAUGGAAAAUAAGUUGAUGAGUUCCAGGAAGCAUUACAUGAAUAUUAUGCAAAUAAACAAGAAUAAUUUGGUUAGAGAAGAAAAUGUAAAUUUUACAAAGAGCAAUGAAAAUAAUAACGUGAUUGGUGUGAAUUUUGUAAAAAAAGAAAACUCGCAUCAUGAUGAAAAUAAAAGUUGUAAUGAGCAUGAUAACAUAAAUGUGAAUAAUUGCGAUGACGUUGUAAAUCCUAUGGAUGUUCAAAAAGUAAAAAUUCGGAAGAAGAAUGCUAAAAUUAAUAAAAUUAAAUCCAUGCCCUUGGAAAUUGAAAAAAUAGAAAAUAAUGUAGACAAAAAAAAUGAGAAAAAUAUUAGUAAUUUAUUAAAUAAUUCAUAUAAUGUUAAUGAAAAAGACACAACAUAUUCUGGAAUUUAUAAAGAUGGAAUAGAACAAAUCAUGUGUGUAUUUAAGAACAUGCAAUCAGAUGUAUAUUUAUCUUUGGAUUAUAUGUGCAAUGAGAUAUUAAAAUAUACAAAAUUUCAAGCACAUGAAAAAUUAUAUUAUUUAGUAAAUAAGAUGUUGAAUCAAUGCAUAAAUUUUUCAUUUUCUAAAAUUCAUAUAUCUAAAUUCAUUCAGAAUUUUACAGAAAACAAUAUUAUAUAUAGAAUAUAUAAAUCUAAAUUAAAAUCAAAUCGCAUAUAUAGUAAAAAAUAUAGUAAUAUUAUUAGAAUUAUGAAACAGUUUUGGAAAGAAUAUAAAAAGGACAUGAAAUAUUUAAAGGAAAAAGGACGAUUAAAAAAUUUAAUUGAAGCAAAAAAUGAUAAAGCAAUAGAUUCAAAUAUCUUAGAUGAUUGUGAAAAACCAGAGAAUAAAUGUGAUGAUAUUAUAAGUAAUAUCAAAAAAAUGGAUAAUUAUUUUCUAUUGUCUGAAUUUACGAAUAUUGUAAAAAAAUGGAAAGAUAUGCUUCUUGUUAUUAUUUACUCUUUAAAAGAAAAUCCCCAAUUUCCAUAUUUUUCACACUCCUUAUGUGACAUGUUUUCCAAAUUUCCAAUAAAAAUUGAAAUGCCAGGGUUACGAUUAAAAUACAUUGGAGAACAUUUAAAUUAUAAUUAUAACUUUAAUACAUAUACCCCAUCGUAUAUUAUUAAAUUAACUCCGCCUACGUUUUUUACAAUUCGAAAUAAUUUAUGUUUGAAUAAAAUAAAUUUUUUAACAAAUGAUGGAAAUGUAUACCAUUAUACUAUAUAUCCAUGUAGUUUUAUUCAAUCUAAAUCAGAAUAUAAAUACACAUUGUUUCAAAUUUUGUUAAAUAAUAUAAUGUAUAAGUUUCCAGAAACACAAAAAAGAGGGUUAUCUCUAAGAGUAAAUAUUAACACAAUGUUGCAUCCUUUGUAUAAAUUAGUGGAAGAUAAUAUGGAAUAUAUAACUUUAAAAGAGCUUUAUAAUGACUAUGUGUUAAUGAAUAAAAAUGAAAAAUAUUUGAUAGAUAAUGUGGUGUUAUAUCAUAAAAAAUUGAUUAAAGAUUCUAUAUCAAAAUUUGUGAAAGACAAAAUUAAAUUUAUUAAAAGUACAAAGAAAAACGAAACUAAAGUGGAGAUAAAUAUUAAAUCUGACGAAUAUAAUAAUAAGAACAAUGUGAUAUUAGAAGAUGGUUUGACAAAAGAUGGAAACAUAGAGAAGAAUAUUUCGAAAAAUCAAAUUCGAGACAAUAAUAAUAAUGAAAUAGUAGGGGAAAUUGGCAUGAAAAAGAUUGACAAUGUAUGCGAGGAAAGUGGUUUAAAUACUUCGAUAAAUUUAUCAAUUGAUUAUAACUCAAUGUUAUUUGAAAAAUUAAUACACACUUUAAACGAAAAUGAAUGGUUCCGUAAAUUUAUUAAAAAUUCAGAGAAGAAAAGCUUGAAAAUACAUUAUAAAGAUAUUUCUAAAAUUGUACCAAAAAGUAUAAUGAAAGAUUACUUUUAUUCUCUUCAUAACAAUUUAGAAAGCUAUUAUAUAUUAAAUGACAAUUUUGUUAAAAAUUAUUCCCUUUUGUGCAUGUUAAAUUAUGUAUUCCUACAAUCUGACAUUUCAUUAGAUAAUAUUUUGAUCUCAAAAUAUUCAGGAAGUACAAUGUAUUUAUAUGGAUUUCCUAGUUAUAUGGAAUCAGGAAAAUACAAAGCUAAGAAAAGAAAAAAGGUUCAUGAUAUAAUCCCAUUUCGAUUAACCGCGAAUAUUCAAGAGUUCAUAGGUUUCCAAGGAUUAAAGGGAUCAUUCCCAUUAAAUUUCUAUGCAUCAAUUAUGGCAAUUAAAAAAAAUUGGAAUUAUAUCGAAAGUUUCUUAAAGCAAACAAUUUAUGAUGAUUUCUGUUCUUUAUAUAUGAAUAAAAAAAAACACAUGACGAAAAGGAGUGAUACAAUAAUAAGCACAUGUGUGAAUGCGUUUAAAAUAGAUAAGUUAGAAAAGAAUAAAAUAUUAACUAACUCAGAAUAUUGUGCCAAUGAUAUGUUUUAUCGAAUGUUAUUUUUAUAUAAUAAUAAACUAGAAAAAAUGAAUAACAAAAAUUGUUCUAAAAAAGAUGUUACACAUGUAAAACAAGUUGUGGAAAAUUUAUAUGAACAUUAUUCAGAUGUACAUGAUGUGUCGCUAUCUGAAUUAUCAUCCGAUGAAAAUAUGGAAAAUGCGAAAUUGCGAAAAGGAAAAAGCAAAAAAAUUUCUGAAAAAGAUAUUCAAAAUACGAAAGAAAAUGCAAAGGUAUCGAUAAAUAAAGAAGACAAUUUAGAUGAAAAAUACAUAUGCGACAAUAAUAGUAUAGAACCUGAGGUAAAAUGUAAAAAAAGGAAAAUACAUGUCGCUAAAAAUAAUGAAAAUAAAGACAAUGAAUAUGAUGUUCAAAAAGAAAUUGAUAAACCUAAUAAUGGUAGAAAAAAAAAACGAAAAAGUAAAAAUGAAGCUACUAUUGAUAGCGUACAAGAAAACCAGAAAGAAAACACAACUGGAGAAUUGAUAAAUGAAAAUGCUGGAGAAAAUGUUAAUAUAAAUAAAAAUAACGAUAAGGAAGAAAAUAAUAAUAAUAAAACGAAGAAAAAUAGGGAAAAAAAUCCACAAAAAAGAAACACUAACACUCGAAUUAAAGGAAAUAAUGUAAAGACGGAUGAAAAAGGAAAAUCUUCAAGAUUAAUAAAUAAAAUAAAUGCUAAAGGUGUAAAUGAAGAAAAUAUAUUAAGUGAAAAUAAAGAAAAGAUAAAAAACAUAAACCAAUACAACAUAUCUAUAUUAGAUCUAAUAGAGUUGUCAAUGGACAGAAAAUAUUUACGACAAACAAAAAGUACGUGGUUUCCUUGGUUUUGA